GUGUUGCACAAGUAUACACAACACAAUUUAGUAUUACACGAUAGUUAGUAAGCGUGGCAUGAAGGAAAAUAUUUUGAUACGUAAAUUAUUUAUUUAGUGCAUUUAUUUUUGUAAAUGCCGAUAAGAGUCAACCAAAAUGUCUUGCGAACCCGACGAAUUGAUGUCAGCACUCGAAAAAUCCGAUGCAGCAACAAUUAAAACCAUCGUGUCCAAUCUACCCGACCCGAAUGCCCCAGUUUACUUCGGAGAGACUUUGCUGUACUUAGUGACCCACAAAGGCAACCUGGACCUCAUCCGCCACUUGGUCGGCUAUGUUGACCUAAACGCCCAAGGGUUCUCCGGACCUGCGUUACACGAAUCGAUAGUCCAAGGCCAGCUGGAUGUCACGUCAUUUCUAAUCCAAAAUGGCGCUGACAUAAACAAGGCAUCGACUUAUAUGUACCAAGAUGGCUUCUCGCCCCUUCACACGGCCAUUUUGUCAUCAAACAAGCCUGCCACCGAACUGUUACUCAAAAUGAACGCUGAUGUCAACGCCAGAGAUUCAAGUAUGAACACUCCCCUGCACAUCGCAUCUCAAACCGGAAACUACCAUGCAGCCGCUCUGCUUCUGAGUCACGGCGCGUCCAUGGCCGCCAUUAACUCCUACAACGAGACGCCAUUUUGUGAUGCGACAGACACAGGAAACUUGAAUAUUCUCAAGCUGUUUCUCACGAACGGAAUUCAUAAAAAUGACCCGCAGCUUCUCAACCAUUCUCUCAAACGCGCGAUCGACACCAAAAAUGCCUCCGUAGUUCAGUUUAUGAUCGACAAUGGCGCUGAUGUCAAUUUCGUGUUUCCGUAUAAAUUCACGCCCUUACAUUUCGCAGCCAAUGCUGACGAAAUCAAAACCAUUGAAAUUCUGUUACAAAAUUCCGCAAACGUUCUCGCGCGUUCCGAAAGUAAUUCGCUACCGAUUUUUUACGCCGAUCACCGAAAAAAUAGUGCGAUGGUCGAUUUACUAUUAGAUCGUCAUUCUGAAAUAGAUCUAGAGCAUGGAAAAGAAUUGAUUUACGAAGCUGUGAUGAAUGAUUGCCCUCUGGUGGUCGAAAAACUUCUAACCCACCGGAUUUAUAAUUUAAAUGUCGACGAAUUAACUGCCAGCGGUGUCAGAUUACUCGAUGCGGCUGUUUUGAAUAAAAAGGAAUCUAGUGUCGAUGCGCUGCUCAAGUGUGGCGCUAGUUCCGAGCUCAGAACUCAAGGCGUCACUACUAUCGACUUAGCAAUUCGGUGCAAAAAUUACUACUUUAUCUACAGCUGGUUAGAAUACGGAGGUAAUUUUUAUAAUUAUCGCGCAAAUCAGCCGCUUUAUCUCUCACGGCUGGAGAAAAUAAUCGAGAUGAUUGAUUGUUAUGAAUACGGUGUGUUUGUGAUGGAUCGGGGGUUGAGGAAACAUCUGAUUUUGAUGAAAUCUGCGGGACUGUUUACCUACAGUCGGUACGAUGAAUUUACAGACCCCUACGGCACACGUGAGAAGGCUAUGAUUGAGUGGGAAUGCGAACAAGAACUGGAGAGGGCUAAGAAAACUUAUGUAGGCGGUGUCAGUUGUUGGGAUUUGCUGGCAAUGGAAGACAGAAGACUGAUGACCUGGUCCAGAAAACCGGAAGUUAAGACUAUUAUGGAGGAAGGAAAAUUUGAAAUACCCUUCCGUUAUUGCGACCGGUGGUUGAUGAGUUGCUAUAGAAGGGGGGUUAGGAGACCGGGAUUGGUUAAUAAGUUCGGUGAGUGCUUUGGGGAAAUUUUUAGUGACUUGGGAUUCGACGAAGUCGAGAAAGUUCUGAUUUAUUUGACCAAUGAUGACAUUGGAAAUUUAAUUUCCGUUUGCGAAGGCCAGUGAAGAAAUGGUGGGAAUCAAGUGGGAAUUUUGUUCUUCCUUUGGAAAUUUUCAAAGUAACUUUUGUACCUGCACUAUACUGAUACUUAUAAAAUUGUGAUUUAUCCAGAAUUCCGAACUUUGUAUUCUUUGAACUUUUCUUCGAGAUUUUUAUUUGCCACUUCGAGACAACUUGAUUCACGCGCUUAUUCAGAGGUUUAAAAUAGCCGUGUUUACGUCCGCAGUAAUAGGCACAGACAUACACAAAUAGAGGCGCUCUUAUUACUGUAGUCGACUGAGAAAAUUGCAGUAACACACGCACAUGCGGUUUCUCGGUACCAAUUACUGCAUGCUUAAUUAAAUAAAUUUCACUGAUCAAAAUGUAAUUUUUAUUAAAUAUUUGAUUCUAAAAAAGGGUUAUCUAACUUCUAAACAUAAAAAAUAUAUUAAUUAGCUCAUUUAUGUAAAGAAAAAGACGUUUUACGACGACCUCUUUUCACACUGAAACUCUCAAAAAACAUAAAAUUAUUCACUUUUGUAACUACUUAAUUUUUAUUAAUUAAUAACAAGUUGAUUAAUUGUCAUACAUAUCAAACCACUAUGCAGUUAUUUUCCAAAAGGUUUAAAUUAACAGAAAUAAUUUUUUUUUAAUCAAAAAAGUCAUAACCCAUUUACCCGUAAAAAAAUGAUCAGGCCUGACCAUGCCUGUUCAUGUAUGAUCAGGCCUGAAAUUAAACAUGAUCAGGCCUGAUCAUACCUGUCCAUGCCUGUUCAUAUCUGAGGCGUUAAAUACACUCAGCCCUGUUCAUGUCUGUUCAUGCCUGAUCAGGCCUGUUCAUGUCUGGUUAUGUCUGUUCAUGCCUGUUCAUGUCUGAAGCGUUAAAUACGCGCAUGCCUGAUCAUACCUGUCCAUGCCUGGUCAUGUCUGUUCAUGCCUGUUCAUGUCUGAAGCGUUAAAUACGCUCAUGCCUGAUCAUACCUGUCCAUGCCUGGUCAUGUCUGUUCAUGCCUGUUCAUGUCUGAAGCGUUAAAUACGCUCAUGCCUGAUCAUACCUGUCCAUGCCUGGUCAUGUCUGUUCAUGCCUGUUAGUGUCUGAAGCGUUAAAUACGCUCAGGCCUGAUCAUACCUGUCCAUGCCUGUUCAUAUCUGAGGCGUUAAAUACACUCAGGCCUGUUCAUGUCUGUUCAUGCCUGAUCAGGCCUGUUCAUGCCUGGUUAUGUCUGUUCAUGUCUGUUCAUAGAUAUAAAAUUUAUUUGACCAAGAAUCUAUCACGUAUAACCCGGGAAAAAAGGAUCAGACCUGAUCAGACAUGAACAGGCAUGAGUCGUAAGACUUUCAGUACUUGAAGUUCGUACGAGACCUAUUUUUCAACUCAAUCUCUUAGGUCAACAGGUAACGAGGCGAACUUUCGAGCGCAAGGUCCACGGUUCGAAUCCUAGACACUCCCAUAUUUUUUAUUUAUUUUUCAUUUUUAUAGAAAUAAUUAUAUAUAAUUGUAUAUAGUUAUGCAUAAUUAUAUAUAAUUAUAUAGGACCAUUUUUUAUAUAUAAUUGUUUUACCAGAAUGGGCAUGAACAGACAUGAACAUACCUGAUCAGACCUGAACAUGCCUGAUCAGGCAUUGUCAUUUUUCAUGUCUGAUCAGGCCUGAAGACUCAUCCCUGCUCAUGUCUGAUCAGGCCUGAACAUUUUUUCCCGGGUAUUGAUAAUUAAAACAAGAAAAUCUGCGGUAAUACUUACCCUAGUCUGCUGCGAUAUAAAAAAUAUAUUUUAUAAUAACUUUAAAAAUCUCUCUAAAAAUUUCAGAAUAGCAUCCUAGGACCUCUAAACGUCGACACCUGCUGAAAACUCAGUUUGAGAAAAUCGGGUUGAAACCAAUAACUUUCUAAACCCAAGUUUUUCGAAAAUCGACGAUUUUCUUAGCGGGAAGUUAGAAAAUGAUUAUCCCAUUUUUUCUUUUCAAUUGAUAUUUCGCUUCUAGCUUCUAAAAUAUUAGAGAUAUGAAAAAAAUAUCCGUAUAC